UGCGCAUGCGCGCUCAUCCAUCUCUCCCUGACCUCCUCCCGGUUUGUGCUGCGCCGCUGCCGCUGAUCAACCUCUCCCUGAAACCCGCUCAAAAACAUCCACACAGAUCCUGGCACACACAUGAGGCAUGGCAGCUGUCUUCGGGAAGAUCCAGAUCGGCAUUUAUGUGGAGAUCAAGCGCAGUGAUGGAAGAAUCCACCAGGCCAUGGUGACGUCACUGAAUGAAGACAAUGAGAGCGUAACGGUGGAGUGGAUUGAAAACGGAGACACAAAAGGCAAAGAGAUCGAUCUGGAGAGCAUAUUUGCACUAAAUCCAGAUGUUGCACCUGAAGAGGAAAUCCCACAAAGUCCUGAGACCCCUCCGCCGCCCGUGUCCAGUGCCAUCAAAAUCAACAAGAUUCCCCCGAACAAGAAUCGUCGGACAGUAGCGCCACCGAAAAAUGAAAUGCCUGCGAGGGAUAAUCGAGUCACUGUAGGUACGACUCGAGCGCGGCCGAGCCAACAGACCGAAGCGCCUCCAUCAGCACCCGUCCCGCCUCCACCCAUCCAACACCAGACCCUGCAGCAGCAGCAGAACGCUCGCAGGAAGUCCAACUGCGUGAAGGAAGUGGAGAAACUUCAAGAGAAGCGGGAGAAGAGACGAUUGCAGCAGCAGGAGCUGAGAGAGAAAAAAGCGCAGGAGGUCGAAGCCACAAUCCCUAAUUAUGAAAUCUUGUGCAUGAUCCGAGACUUCAGAGCGAGUUUGGACUACAGGCCGCUGACCACUGCAGAUCUGAUUGAGGACCACAGGAUAUGUGUGUGUGUGCGGACGCGGCCACUGAACAAGAAAGAGCUGACCAUGAAGGAUCUGGACGUCAUCACCAUCCCCAGUAAAGACGUGGUCAUGGUCCACGAGCCCAAGCAGAAAGUGGAUUUAACCAGAUACCUGGAGAACCAGACGUUCCGCUUCGAUUACGCUUUCGACGACAACUCGACAAACGAAAUGGUGUACAGGUUCACCGCUCGGCCGCUGGUGGAGACCAUAUUUGAGAGAGGAAUGGCCACUUGUUUUGCUUACGGUCAGACGGGCAGCGGGAAAACUCAUACCAUGGGAGGAGAUUUUUCAGGGAAGAACCAGGAUUGCUCUAAAGGGAUCUACGCUCUCGCUGCACGGGAUGUUUUUCUCAUGUUAAAAAAACCAAACUACAAGAAGCUGGAUCUUCAGGUGUACGCGACGUUCUUUGAAAUCUACAGCGGGAAGGUGUUUGACCUGCUGAACAGGAAGGCGAAGCUGCGAGUUCUUGAAGACGGGAAGCAGCAGGUUCAGGUGGUCGGACUUCAGGAGCGAGAGGUCAAGUGCACAGAGGACGUGCUCAAACUCAUCGAGAUGGGCAACAGCUGCAGGACGUCUGGACAGACCUCGGCUAACGCUCACUCGUCCCGCAGUCACGCCGUGUUUCAGAUUAUCCUCCGCAGGAGGGGCAAAAUGCAUGGUAAAUUCUCUCUCAUUGACCUGGCAGGGAAUGAGCGAGGGGCGGACACGUCCAGCGCUGACCGACAGACACGUCUCGAGGGCGCCGAGAUCAACAAAAGUCUCCUGGCGCUGAAGGAGUGCAUCAGGGCUUUGGGACGAAACAAGCCACAUACUCCAUUUCGAGCCAGUAAACUCACACAGGUCUUAAGAGAUUCCUUCAUCGGAGAAAACUCUAGAACAUGCAUGAUCGCUACAGUCUCUCCUGGAAUGGCAUCAUGUGAAAACACAUUGAACACUUUGAGAUACGCCAACAGAGUGAAGGAGUUUGGGAUCAGUCCCUCCGACAUCCCCUUCUCUCAGGGGGGCGGCGGGCGCUCCGAGCUCUCUCCUACUUAUGAGUACGAUGACUUUGCUACCUCACCCAGCAGGGUGAAGGAGCUGAGCAUUGACCCCAUUGCUGUGAUGGAGGGGCGGUCCGCCGGACACUCGGUCAGUCAGCUGGACGUGUUGGAGGCGCAGUGGGGAGUGGGCAGCUCUCCUCAGAGAGACGAUCUCAAGCUACUCUGUGAACAAAACGAAGAGGAAGUGUCCCCGCAGCUCUUCAACUUCCAUGAGGUGGUGUCUCAGCUGGUGGAGAUGGAGGAGCAGGUUCUGGAGGACCACCGCGCCGUGUUUCAGGAGACCAUACGCUGGCUGGAGGAUGAGAAGGUUCUUCUGGAGAUGACUGAGGAAGUGGAUUAUGAUGUGGAAUCAUACGCCACUCAGCUUGAGCAAAUCCUGGAUCAGAAGAUUGAUGUGCUAAUAGAGCUCAGAGAUAAAGUGAAGUCUUUCCGCUCGGCUCUUCAGGAAGAGGAACAGGCCAGUAAGCAGAUCAACCCCAAACGCCCGCGAGCCCUGUAGCGCCACACAGCACCAGCAAACAAUCCCAUCAGCCCUCAGCUCAUCAGUGUAUCUACAGGUGUAACUUGUAUGUGAUGUGACGGUUUCUUUCAUCUGACAAAAGCACAUUUUAAUUGUAUAGAUUUGAGUUCUUACUAAACUGAAUGAUGAGUUUAAGGCAAUGAGAGGGUGUACGGUGAGCUAAUGCAUGACCAGACCAGCUCUGCAUCAUCAUCAUUAUCAUCAUCAUCUGACUGGACCGCGUGUGUGAAGCCUGUAACUGUCAUUGACUCAUGACAUUUCAUAUACAUAUACCCGCUCAUCUAUAACAGUUUGCCAGGUAAUGAAAUGCCAUUAUUUCCAUCCCAAUGGAAAAGAGUGAAUAAUCUUAGAAAUAGUUACAAUUAGGGAUGCACUGAUAUGGCCAUUUUCGACCAGUUAUUUUUAAAGCUACUAAAUAAAGAGGUAAUUGCAAUUUUUUUAUCUAAAAAUCAGAUUUUUUCAAGUAACACAACUCUUAAGGGCCGUUUCAUAGUCAACGCAUCUGUACUCAUACGCGUCCCCGAGGCUACGUAUCGUUAUGCUUCGGCCGCCAUUAUGUGUCGGUGCGUAGCCAAAUGUGUCGUCCUAGAUUUUUAUACGCGACCCGCCGAUGCAUGCAAUACUAUGCGUUGUCGGUGGGGGGCGACAUUGCAAGUAUUGUACAUUUAAUUCAAGUAUAUUUUGUUUACAGAAGAAGAAGGUUUGAAUACAAUGGCGAGCAAAGUAGAAAAAUUAUGCGAGUGAGUGUCCGGGAGAAAGCAGACGACUUGUGAAAGCAAUUCAUCCAAUUUUGGCGCAACAUCCUAAAAUACUGGAAAUGUCUCUCCUCGUCCAGGCUCCCCAUCCUGAUCUCUUUUUUUAUUUAAAGGGCGAACAUACCACCGUCUAUCUCUGCGUUGCCUUUGUUGCCACCGAUGUAAAAUCAGCAACAGAAUACACUCCUCUUCAGUUGCCAUUGUGAUCUGAAUAUCACACGACCCGACUCUACUAAUAUCACCCGACUCUACUACCCCCUGUUGCGUGAGCGGUGUAUUGCAUACACGCAUCGCCCGUGACGCUUGCGUCCACUGUUUAGACUAUGAAAGGGAGCGCAUCGCUCGCGUUGCUUGCUCGCGUUGACUAUGUAACGGCCCUAACACAUGACUCAAAACAGGCUUAGUGCAGCCAAACACUACACACAACCCUGACUGAGAUAACACACACUGUAAUUCAGAACACACUGAGAGGAAAAACACUAGCAUCAAACACCAAUACAAAAAAUACAAGCUUUUCAUCUUUACAAUUUGAACAAUUUCAGUGACUUCAUACAAAGUCAUAUUUUCUUCAAAGAAAAGAGUGACAUUCUUUCACAUGAUUUAUUUACAUUUUUAGAACAUAAUUCUUUAAGGUACCGUAUUUUUCGGACUAUAAGUCACACCUGAGUAUGAGUCGCAUCAGUCCAAAAAUACGUCACGAUGAGGAAAAAAACACUGGACUAUAAGUCGCAUUUAUUUAGAACCAAGAGAAAACAUUACCAUCUACAGCCACAAGAGGGCACUGUAUGUCUUCAGUGUAGACUACAAGAGCACUAGGCAGCAUAGAGCGCCCUCUGGCGGCUGGAGACGGUAAUGUUUUCUCUUGGUUCAUUUCUCUUGGUUCAUGUCAAAUUAAUUUAGAUAAAUAAGUCGCACCUGACUAUAAGUCGCAGGACCAGCCGAACUAUGGAAAAAAGUGUGACUUAUUUUCAUUUACCGUAUUUUCCGGACUAUAAGCAGUUUGCUUCAAUAGUCUGUAGUCAUUUACGGAAUUACAGUAAUGAGAAAAAAAGAUAGAAACUAAAGUACAUACCUUAAUCCGAACAAAUAAUUUUCGGGGCUAAUCCUGAAAUUGCAAUCAGCAGUGUUUUAAAUCUCUUCUGUUUUGAAUGUGUGGUUCACAGUUUUGACAGCAGUGUUAGCAUUUGAACAAAGUGCUGUAAAUCCACAGUGUUGUAGUUAAAGUCAUGGGUUAAGUGUGUAGAGUUUUGAAAACUGUUCAAGCAAUGAAAAACGAACUAGAGUUUGGUCGACAUGAACUGCUUCCUUGCAGACUGUAGUUUGAGUUUUGCGCAUGUGACUCCAGUUGUGCUCACUGUCGUUUAGCAAUUGAAAAAAAAUGUAAUUAUUUUCUCUUCAGAAUUGUGGGAAACUGAAUUGCAAAAUAAAAACAUACAAUUCUUAGGGUAAAAAAAGCCAGUAAUGCAAAAUAUAAAUAUAAAAUUUGAGUUAAUCUCAAAUAAAGAAAUCUUGUAUAAAAAAAAUAAUUAAAAAAAUAAAAAAAGGUAACUGCAACUUUUUUUUUCUGAGAAUCACGAGUUGAUAGCUCACAAUUCAGAUGUCUCAGAAUUGCCCCAAAAAAAGUCUACUAUUUUAAAAAGUCACAAUAACCUUUUUUUAAUUCUCUGUAACAUUUUUUUAACCCUCUGGUGCUCUUCAGCCAUCAAAAUGUUUUUGGUUUUUACUUCAGUAAAAAUAAAGUUUUUACUUCAUCUGGAUGUUUCCAAACAAAAUCUUUUUUUUAGUUUUUUUUUUUAGUGCUCCCAUCCAAAUUAAUAAGAUUUUUGACAGUUUACGUUGGAAAUUUAGGUUGAUGCUUUUAUAAGUGGUUAAUAGGUAAUAAAUGGAUCAUAAAUGUUCCAUGAACCUAAUUUAAUACCAUAAAAUACCUUUAAAAUAUAAGAUUAAAUAAAAAACAUUAUAGACCAUAUAGUACAUUAAUUUAAUUUUUUUUUAAAAAAAGGUAAUUUAUUUUUUUCAACGAAAACUAGCUGACAAAUUUUUGAAGCCCAAACAUGACAAUAAAAUUUGAAUAAAUUGUUCACACAUUACUUUGUGUGAAAUAAUGUGUAAAAAUACGCAAGUUGGAAAUAUUGUAUAGUAAAAUUGGCCUAUGGUCAACAAUAUAUAGUGCAUCCCUAGUUACAGUAGAAGUUGCAUGACUGCAAAUACAGAUGAUCUCUAUUGAGACCAGCAGGAACUGAUUAAUUUAAUAACGUGUAGCAGUGAUGAAACAGGAUUUUUUUUAUAUAUAUAUUUGAUUGCCAGUAAGAGCCUUUAAUGUAACAAAAUACAUAUAUAUAGGCCUUAUUGAAACAACUUCACAAUAAACUAAUAGAUUUCAGUGAGAGAAACGUGUCAGUGAACAAACUACUCAUGCUAAUUCAGCUCAGAUCACCAGGCCAGAGAAGGUCAGAUAUAUUAAGAAGGACAAGUUUGUUACCAUAUAGUGUUUUGUUUACAUUUUGAAGAAUAUGUGAAGUGGUCAUUAUAACAUUCAGGCCACUGUCUCAUUUUUAAAAAUACUAUUAAAGCAUCAGUGUUUUUUUUAUGUUCCCCGUCAAUGCUUUGAAUGAUUUUGUUCCCGUCUCAUAUUGGAAGUUUGUGUGACGAGGGGAAUCUGGAUCUGUACGGGACUCAAUGUGUUUCAAUGUAUUGCGUUGCUAAAAUAAAGAGCCAUCCGACGA